AUGGUACUCAUUAAUGGGGUCAAAUACGCCUGUGAGCGUUGUAUAAGAGGCCAUCGAGCCACGACAUGUACUCAUACAGAUCAACGGCUUAUCAUGAUCAAACCCAAGGGAAGGCCUUCCACUACAUGCAAGCAUUGUAAAGAGCUACGCAUCAAUAAAAACGUCAAUCCAUCUGGUGUUUGCACUUGUUCUAAGAAGGAUUCAGCAAAUAAUAUCAAUAAUUGUAAUUGUCCCAAUGGUGAUGUAUGUAAAUGUCAUUCAAAGAGGAAAUCCAAAACAAAGGAAAAGGAAAAAGAAUUAAGAGAAAGAGACUUAAAUGAAAAUGGAGUAGAUAAUGUGAAAAAUGAGAUUGAAAAUGAAAUGAUGCCACCAUCAGAUAAACAAAAGAUUAUAAAAAGAAAAAGAAGAGAUUGCAACAAAAUAAUAAUACGAACAAUAAUAAUAGCUAAUAAUAAUACUUCAAACAGUAAUCUCAUACCAAACUCGUCAGAUGAUCAACGUUUAAAUCUAUUGGAUCAAAAUACUUCUGUUGGAUUAUAUCCCUUAAACAACACUAAAAAAAUAUCUCAAAAUACGAGAACAAGAGUAGGUGAAGUCACGGUCUCGUUAAAAGAAUAUUUACCAUACGAAUUUGGAGGGAUAGGGAAUAUUGAUGCCCAGCAGCUACCUGUAACAAAUACUACAACAAAGACAAACACGCCAAUAAAUAUGGCGCCAGAUACAAUGACUCUUUCUACCCAAAGUGAUUUGACAGCAUUGGAUAUGGACAUGGACAUAGAUUUCAAUACUUUUAAUACAGAUAUCCCAUUAAACCAAUUGAAAAAUACAAUAUCACCAUCUAAUAAUAAAAAUGUAGCAUCCCAGGCUCAAUCGGAUAUAGAAGACAAUAUAUCGUCUUUGAAUUAUUUUAAUAACGACACUGUCUCAUUAAGAUCCUCACAGUCAAAUUUGAUUAAUAAUAUUAAUCAAAAUUCAAAUUCAAAUGCAACUCCUAAUACAAAUAAUAUAAACUCUACUUCAAAUGGAAUUUUAGAUAAUCUUCUACUGGAUUUUAAUCCUGUGACAAAUCAUACCCAUCAGCAUCAUUAUUCUAAUAACAAUCAAAGUACAAUAGGUGACUCAGAAAGUAUACGAUCUGUGGAAGUAUUAUCCUUGACUCCAAGUUUUAUGGAUUUGACAGAUAAUAUGUUGAAUAAUAAUAAAAAUACCAAUAAUAGCAAUACCAAUAUAAAUUCAAGCAGUCCAAAUUCAACUUCUAAUACUAAUAUCCAAAAUAAUGGGUUGACUCAUUUUAAUGCGACUUUACAAAAUCAUAUUAAUUUUGUUCCACAAACCAAUACAAAUUCCCAAAUUGGAUCUACUACUAAAAUAGGAAAUAGUUCUACAUUAUUGCCUCAAACAAUUAAUUCAACUACACUCGGGCCUUCGAAUUCACAAAGAUUAAUGGAUAAUUUAGAUUUAAAUAAUCAAAUGGAGAUACGUGAUAACUUAAACCAUAGUUUAAUUACUAAUACGACCUUUUAUGGAGCAGAUGCACAAACUAGUAAUACAAAUUCAAGUUUCAAUAUUACUAAUAAUAAUAAUAAUACGGCAAAUCUCAAUUUCCAACAAGAUAUUCCAGAUUCUUUAAAUUCAAUCUUACAAUCUUCAUCAAACACUUUGAAUAAUAAUCAAAAUACUAAUCUUUUGGGUGUUACGGAUACCGUCUCAAACAUGAAUGACAUUAACAUGUUACCAAUUAUUGAUUCAAAUUUUAAUUCAGCUUCAAAUGUUAUCAUAAAAAAAAUAAUGUUAAUGAAUCAAAUGUUAAUUUAA